UUUUUUAAGUGUCGACGUUAAACUGAGCCUUUUGAUUGGACUGACGAGUUGAAGUCAUGUAGGCUGUGAUUGGUCCACAAAGUAGUGGGUGGAGACGUGUGAUAAAUGAACAGUAUCCUGGUUGUUGUACGCGUUAUAGCGCUACUACGGCUCAAUAGCCUGUGAUGUAACAUAUUGUGUUUACACUAUUUUUUUACAUUGACCUUUUUUGCUCACCUGUCUCCUGGAUGGAUGCAGUCCUAUCCACGCUCUUCUACUCGGAAGGAGCGGAGAUCUACACUUUGGACUGCAUGGCUUACUUCAUGCUGUUCAUGGCAGCAUGCACUUCUGUUACACUGCUCUUCGUAAACGUGCCAUACGGGCGGUACACCAGCAGUAAAUAUGGGUUUCCCGUCGAUGCCAGAGUCGCCUGGUUCGUGCAGGAGAUGCCUGCUUUCUUUGUGCCUCUGUGUCUGCUGCUGUGGACCACCACUGCGAAUACCUCAGUCCUGCCCAACCAGAUGCUCAUUGCCAUGUAUUUCUGCCACUAUUUCCAAAGAUCCCUUAUUUAUCCAUUCUUAAUCAAAGGAGGCAAACCAACCCCUUUCGCCUCAUUUGCCCUGGCCUUUGUUUUCUGCAUAUAUAAUGGGUACAUGCAGAUUAGGUACCUGAGCCAUUAUGCUGAAUACCCCGAGUAUUGGGUUACACAUCCAUGCUUCCUCACUGGUUCUGUCCUAUGGUUGGUCGGCUGGCUGAUGAAUGUGCACUCUGACCACAUCCUGAGGAACCUGAGAAAGCCUGGAGAGACUGGCUACAAGAUUCCCACAGGUGGAAUGUUUGAAUACGUGUCUGGAGCCAACUUCUUAGGGGAGAUAACAGAGUGGGUGGGCUUCGCUCUGGCUGGUCACUCUAUCCACAGCUUAGCCUUUGCCAUCUUCACCACAGUGGUCCUCAGCAGCAGGGCUGUGUCCCACCACAAAUGGUACCUCACCAAGUUUGAAAACUACCCCAGAAGCAGAAAGGCCUUGAUUCCCUUUUUAUUCUAGAAAACGCCGGCUCCAUCUGGACAAG